GGGCUGUGCGCAGUGGUGGCGGGUGACAGGCCGCGCGUGCGGCGAAUGACGGAAUAAAGAGCGCGAGCGGCGGAGACAUGAGGCGGAGACACCGAGGAGGAGGAGGGGCGGACACCGGGGAAUCAGGCAGUGCUUUCCAGCCGAAGUGUCUCUACGAGGUGCACAGCUCUCAGCCAUGCACCCUGGUAACAGCGGCCAGCACGCACAGGUAGAAGAAACGGAGAAAGAUUGGCAUUACAGGCAUCAGUGAUGUGGUGUCCACUCCUCUGAAUUGCCAAUCUUGUCCUGAACGUCACAUCGGGCUGUAGAUAUCCUGCUGGUAAUGCACAUUCUGUCUGAGAUGGGGGCAAUUCCACUUCUCUCAUGUUGGCGAGGAAUUUCUCAAGAAAUUCUGAACAGGACCUUCCUGUGAGACAUGGAUCGAUGUAAGCAUGUUGGACGACUGCGCUUGGCCCAAGAUCACUCCAUACUGAAUCCACAGAAAUGGCGUUGUGUGGACUGUGACACAAAAGAAUCAGUAUGGGCAUGUCUUAAGUGUUCUCAUGUCGCCUGUGGACGCUACAUUGAAGAGCAUGCCUUGCGCCACUUUCAGGAGAGCAGACACCCCUUGGUCAUGGAGGUGCAUGAGCUCUAUGUGUUCUGUUACCUGUGCCAGGACUAUGUAUUAAAUGAUAACCCAGAGGGUGACUUAAAGCUACUGAGGAGUGCCCUGUCUGCUGUUCGCAGUCAAAAACAAGAACCAUCUAGCCGCAGAAGCUUGCGUUUACAAACCACAGCAAGUGGGGGUUCUAGAUGUCAUAGGUCACCACAAGGGCAACCAAUGAUGCUUACAGCACUGCGUCAUCGGCGCCAAACUUUGUUGGCAAAGGCACUACGACAGUGGUUUGAAAGAAGUUCGAGGGGUCAGCUAAAAUUGGAGCAGAGGAAACAACAGGCAGAACUGGAAAGGAGGAAAGAAAACGCCAGGUUAAGGAGACAAGAGGUAAAACGACGUCUUCUUGAAGAACUUGCAAACACUCCCCCAAGGAAAAGUGCCCGUCUACUGUCACACAUGCACAGGGACAGUCUUAUUCCCCGCAAAUUCAGGGACAUGACAUCCAGCAGCCCAUCUUCAAGGAAGGAGGCUCACAGACGCUUUAACCAGCUGUAUUCCAUCAGACCCACUGUCACCCCAGGGGUGACAGGGCUUCGCAACCUAGGAAAUACCUGCUAUAUGAACUCCAUUCUGCAAGUGCUCAGCCAUCUGCAGAAGUUCAGGGAAUGCUUCCUUACCCUGGAUCCCUGUGAGAAAGAGGAACUAUUAGCAAAUACAGGCACCAAUGGCAAGCACCACAUGGAUAACAGUGGUUCAGGAUACCCAUCUGGGGGUCUUGGUUUAAAUGGGGGGUCAUCAAUUAAAAAGAGCCUUGAGCUAAUUCAAACCAAGGAACCUAGUACCAAGCAAAUGUCCCUUUGCCACGAGCUGCACACCCUCUUCCGAGUAAUGUGGUCGGGGAAGUGGGCGCUGGUUUCGCCCUUUGCCAUGUUGCACUCUGUGUGGAACCUAAUUCCAGCCUUCAGAGGUUAUGACCAACAGGAUGCCCAAGAGUUUCUGUGUGAGCUGCUGGACAAGGUACAACAGGAACUGGAAUCUGAGGGAAACAAACAUAGGAUCCUUAUCCCCAUUUCCCAGAGGAAACUUACCAAACAGGUGCUUAAGGUAGUGAAUACAAUAUUCCAUGGACAACUGCUCAGCCAGGUUACAUGUUUGACUUGCAGUUAUAAAUCUGACACAGUGGAACCUUUCUGGGACUUAUCUCUUGAGUUCCCAGAGCGUUAUCAUUGCUUAGAAAAGGGAAUAACACCAGUCACAACUACUGAGUGUACACUUACCGAAAUGUUGGCCAAGUUUACGGAGACUGAGGCCUUGGAAGGAAGAAUCUACGCUUGUGACCAAUGUAACAGCCGGCGGCGGAAGUCGUCCCCAAAGCCCCUUGUGCUCAGUGAGGCCAAGAAGCAGCUUAUGAUAUUCAGACUACCUCAGGUCCUACGGCUGCAUCUUAAGCGGUUCAGGUGGUCUGGACGUAAUCACCGUGAAAAAAUUGGAGUCCAUGUGUUUUUCGACCAAGUUUUGAACAUGGAGCCAUACUGUAGAGCUACAUUAUCUCCCACCGACACAGGGACCUUUCUUUAUGACCUCUCUGCAGUGGUGAUGCACCAUGGUAAAGGAUUUGGUUCUGGACACUACACGGCGUACUGCUACAACACAGAGGGUGGAUUCUGGGUUCAUUGCAAUGAUUCCAAACUGAACAUGUGCUCUGUUGAGGAGGUGUGCAGGACACAGGCCUACAUCCUUUUUUACACCCAACGGAGUAACCCACAGAGUACCGUGCAAAGCAGCAACAUACCAAGUGAUGCAGGAAUCCCUGACCUUCUCUUCUCACCUCAGGCUCCGUCCAGUCCCCAGGAGCGCAGCAGACGAAUAACCAUACCCUGACACCACUAGUGCCGGAGUAAAUCCGGACUAUUUUAUAGUUCUUAUUUUCUUUUUGGGUGGGGUUGUUUGUUUCUUUUUGUUCUUGGGUGGUUUUAUUUUUUUUCUUUUAUAAAAGUCUGUAGACUGAUUCUUAGCUGUGUUUUAUUCAUCUUGUCAGAGUAGCAACAGAAGAUUUGCAGUAGGAGUCCACCUCAUUACAGGAAAAUGGCAAAAAGUGGCUCCAAUGUGUGUCUGCAUGGAGGAAAAGUGUGGGAUAGCACUCUCCUACAAAUUCUCAUUAAGAAGUUAUUUACAUCUGAAGAUCUAGAACUUUUUUUUUAGCCCUAAAAUGUGCUCAAGAGAAAGGGAGUCUCUAUCAAUACAAAAGGUGUUGUGUUGCCUUCUUUUAUUUUUUUUGUCUAUAAAAUUGCAAGAAUUAAUAGUGAUCAUAUUCAGAAGCCUCUAGUGCAGUAAUCGAUGGCGAAUGUGUUGCAGGAGACUAGUGUAUGUGCACAGGUUUUUUUUUCCCCUCAAGGUUAAAUGAUUUUACAUUUCUUUAUUUGUUUUUUUUGUCAUUCCUGACUUCAUGGGAAAUCUGUUGUGUAGCCUUCAGGAAUAUAUAUGGACUUUAGUUUCGUCUGUAUAAUAGUGCUUUUAUUCUGAAACUGGUAUUUCCUUGAUCGUUUCUGUACGGCGGUUUUUAAAGGAGCUCUUCACCUUUACUUUUUAAAACCUUUCAUUGCACAGUUAACAAGUAUGCAGGUAUGGGUACUUUUGGGAACCAGGUAUCAAAUAAGUUCCAAUAAUUGUCCAGGAGCAAGAUCAUGAUCAUCAAGUAUCUUCUACUAGGACUGAGGAGUAUCACUACACGAAUGAUGGGGGAAGCUAGAGAUCACUUCUUAAUAAAUUAGUAUAUUAUAAGCAUGGUGAUCUGAAUUCCUGAAAAACUUAAACUUUAAAACCUGAAGCCCCAAAUGUUACAUAUAUUAGAUCCUAUGUAAUAAGUGAUUGCUUGGUGAUAAUAUUGGUACCCUUCUGCAAUUGUGAUCUUUGCACUAAUGUCAACUACAGUACAGUGUCCAGCAUGCAAUCUUUGUGGCAUACACAUUUGCAUUACAUCCACCACUGAAAGACCUAAAUGCUAGGUACACACUAGAUGACUUGCAAACAAUGCAAUGUCGUCAAUGAUUUCCCUUGAACUCCUGGACAAACGAUAUAACUCAUACACACUAUGCGACAUUAUAAAAGAUAUCGCCAGUGACCACGUUCUGGAUAUGCUGUCGUUGACGAUAUCAUCAGAUUGAGCUGCAUGUAGGGAAGAUCUUAAGAUGCGACUGACAACAUCGCGGGAGCACGCAUAGUGCAUACACAUUUUACGUUUUGAACCAUUUGAUGUUCCAAUGGGUCUUUAAAAAAACCACCUAGUCUGUAGGGGCCUUAAGAAUUGAAGACCUAAUGAUACCCAAAAGUAAAUGAAAUAAUGGCGUUUUCAUCUUUAGUUUGAUUGCUAUGCGCACUUCUGUAUAGCAGCACCAACAUCCAUCCAGUUUGGGAGCCAGAAACUGUGAAAAAAGCAGCAGAAAUUGUUAAUUAACUAGAAUUCAGUAAAAUGUUUAAUCCAUGUCCCCCACCACUCACACAUUCAUUCUGUGAUCUAAGAUUUAGGUGGAGAUCAUGUUUCAAGUACCUAGUGUGUUAUGUGUUUGCACACUUCCCAGUGUUCUUUUUAGCCACUUCUAAAUCCCUUUAAAAAUGAUAGCGAUGGCUUGUUUUAUCUCUUGUGGUCUAUUAGCACGCCACAGUGUGAUGAUCUAUACUAGUCCAAUAUGGUCAGCACACAAUCGUGCUUCAUUUCUCCCUAGGACUGUAUGAACAAUUAGAUUUGCUAGUACAGUCCAUGUCUGGUGCAAGACGACGUUGUGCAUCACAGCAGUUUGCAGCCAGACAUUUUAAUCUUCCUUGUCUGACACUGGUGUUAAUAUUUGCUUUUUUUGGAAGCAAUAUUAUGGUUUGUCUGUUCUGUAUGUGUUUUUUGUUUCUGUUUAAUUUAACACCUCAGCUGGAGAAGCAACUGAAAUCAGGGGCAAAAGCCAUCUCUCCAAAGCCUUUUUUUAACAUCCUGUGCUUCUUGAUUGCAAAAUGAUCAUUAAUUUACAGUGUGAUAGAUGUUAUUACUAAUCCUAAACCCCUUUUUGAGCAGUAGUUCUUCAAAGGAGCUGUAUGUUCUUAUUGCUGGUCUCCUCACCUGUCAAACUCAGGAGUCUGUCCAAACCCAAGUCCCAUAUGUGCUGGCACAAAAUUGUAUUCAGUUUUAUUUUGUAUGAUAUUGACUCAAGUCUUCAAAGCUUAAUAAAUUUUCAAAGUCUGGUAAA